AUAAUGCUGCCGCUUCUCACCAUUUUUCAUCAGCUCUUGAGAGCAAUGCGGAAUGCAGCUUUCGUGCACUGCUCUAGCCUCUCAUUCUCCCAAAUCUUGUGUGAAGGCAAGUGAGAAGGUGCAAGCAGAUCAAACUGUAGAGCAUCGCAAGGUGUGAUCGCGCAAUUGCACGAGAGGAUUGCUUGAGCUGUGUAAGCUUUGAACAAACGGAUCUCAUGGCAUCUUCGUAAUCAAAUCUGGUGUUGCGCUCCCUGAAGUUGGCAAAGCUGGAGAUCCAGCUGGAGGAGCAUUGGCUUCCUCUGCAAAGCAAGAUUUGUGUGACAUCCUGCUCCCUCGAGGUCAAGCACGACCUUGCUCAUACUGGACGCCCCAAGCGGUAAUAUCAAGUGCAAUCUGUUACAGCGCUGGUAUUGGGUUUUGUCCACAGUUCGAUACGUCCGCAAUUGCCUCUCAAAGCAGUAUUUAAUCGGAAAUUCUGGAGUUGCGCCCCCGUACUGCAAAGUAGCCCAACUCUUCAAUGGCUUCCAUACUCAAGUCCAUCGCUGACAAGACGGCGGGCCUGAGCUUUGGAGACGGGUUGAACACAAACGAGCCUGAAGAGGAGUUUCCUUCAGGGCCCCCAAAGUUGCAACAUACUGCAAAUGGCGACCUGCCAGCUCCUCUCUCGAUCAAACCAAGGCCUGACAAUGUGGAGGUUCACAGCAGCAAGCUCGCAGACUUCUACAUGGAGGGGCGCUCUCCCAGGUCGGCGAACGGGAGUAGUCCGCUGCUGACGCCGACAUCAGCGUCGCGCAGGCGCGUUGCUUUUGCCGAGCCACCGUCCCCCGUGCCAAUCGCGACAGUUGAGAAGGCAGACGGGAAUCCUGACCGCAACUUUUGGCGGAAGAAGAGCCUCCGGCGGCUCUUCUCGGAGAGCAAGAACGUGCAGCUGCACCCGUCCAGCGAUGAUGUGCGGAUACAGAUUGUGGAGGAGUCCAUGACGGUCCUCCGACACAACGACCUGGGCGGCUACACUGUCCCCGCGCACGGCCUCUACCCUUUCCAGUGGAACUGGGACUCGGCGAUCGUGGCCUCGGGGUGGGCCGUUUUCGACGAGGCUCGUGCCUGGCAGGAAAUCGAGUCCCUUUUCUCGGGGCAGUGGGAGGACGGAAUGGUUCCUUCGAUCGUGUUUCAUAAGCCGAGUACUACGUAUUUUCCGGGGCCGGAGAUCUGGGGCACGAAGGAAAAGCCCAGCAAGUCAACAGGUAUCACGCAGCCCCCGGUGGCAGCAAUGAGCGUGCGGUUUCUGUACGAGCACGCGGACGACCCCCUGCUCGCCAUGUCCGAAGCCGGGAAGCUCUUCCCAAAGUUGCUGGCGUGGCACCGGUGGUUCUACAAGGCGCGUGACCCGUUCAACACGGGCGUCGUCGCCAUUCUGCACCCGUGGGAGUCGGGCAUGGACAACAGCCCCGCGUGGGACGAGCCGAUGCGCUUCCCGGUCGACAACCUGCAGCCGUACGUGCGGUGCGACCUGAACCACGUGCACCCGGAGAUGCGGCCGACCAAAGAAACGUACGACCACUACUUGACGCUGCUGUACCGCUUCAAGAACGCCAACUUCUACGACCCCGACAAGCUGUACCACAUCUCGCCGUUCCGAGUGACGGACCUGUGCGUCAACUGCAUCCUCUUCCGGGCCAACCGGGACCUCCGGUGGCUCGCCAUCAAGCUGGGCAGGCAGGAAGUGGUCGCCGAGAUCGACGCGUGGCUGGACAAGGGCUUCCAGGGCUUUGAAAGCCUGUGGGACGAGGAGGCGGGCAUCUACAAGUGCCGGGACCAGAUCACCGGGAAGCUCUGCCCCGCAGCCAUCUCGGCGGGCUUCCUCCCUCUGUUCGCCGGCGUCGUAAGCGAGAAGCGCGCAGCGCGGCUCGUGCGUACUCUCGAGCAGUGGCUGGAGCAGGUCAAGUACGGCGUGCCGAGCAUGGACCCCGCGGACCCGCGCUUCGAGCCGCUGCGCUACUGGCGGGGACCCGUCUGGAUCAUCAUCAACUGGAUGAUCUCGAACGGGCUCAAACACUACGGGUACGACGCGCUUGCAAACCGCAUCAAGGACCACUCGAUUGCGCUGACGAGCGAAUCGGGUUUGUUCGAGUACUUCAACCCGGUGACCGGGGAAGGGGAGGGCGGGCACGACUUCUCGUGGACCGCGGCCAUGUCACUCGCGUGGAUGGACCGGCCCGCGGCGAUCGCGGUCGGAUCCAAAAUGCACGGACCGAAGAAGGAGCUCGGUGCCAGCUGGACCGCCACACCGGUCAAGAAAUGACGGAGACCGGCUUAAGAGAACCGGGUUGAUGGAAGUCGUAACCAUUGGUAUACAGGGUGUUAGUGCGUUGAGAGCACUGGUAAAUUCUGCGAUGUAUUGACGGGAAUUUGACUUUGCCUUGGGGGCUCGAGAGUCACGGAAUGGAACGAGCAGAUUAUGGAGACUAGAUAAGAUUGGGAAUGGGUUGAUUGAGUACGCUUUUUAAGGGUUUGGCAGGAGCGGAGACUUUGGGGACCGACAGGAAAGAAUUGCUGUUCUAGCAGACAGUCAACAAUCCCAGAUGCCCGGGGGGCUUGUCUGCUGUCAGAAUAACAUAUCUCGUUGUAUAUUAUCAUUUGGAGACAACUCUGGGGUCAAAAUAGGUUGGGGUUGGAGGUAGCAGAGGCGUGCCACGUUAGGUGGCUAGAAUUGCAAACACUCAAGUUGAGUGCUCUGUACAUACUUGUCAUUGUAGUAGCAACAUCGAAUCCUCGUAAAAAUUCAUUUGUCGGAUGCAGGCCUGUA